UAAGGUGUAGGGGUAGGGUCGACAGUGUAAUAAUUAUAGAUGUAACUACAGAAAUUAAUUACAUGAGUAACUGGUAACUACACGCGAACUAUUAGCACAACGUACACAAUUAGUUCAUUAUAUCUAUUGAUUCAUUUCAAUGUUAGUAUAGGUAAAGACACAUAAUAUAAAGUGGGUCCAUUAUUAUUGUUAUUAUUAUAUUCUUCUGCUAUUUUAGUAGUGCCACCCGUAGCAGCAGAAUACUGCUGAGAUAAAAUCUUAGAACACAGAACAUUUAUAUCUUGUUUUUUAUAUACGUUUACGCUUUUACCUUAGCAGUAAUAUUCAAAUAGAUUCAAAAUAUUCGUUUUCAUAUUUUAUACACAUUAUUGUCAAGUCAUACAGGAUCAUUUGCAUUAUUCAGUUCGGUUUCUGGGAUCCCCGAGCAGGCUGGCCCGCGUGUAAAGUUGACAAACCUGUUUUAAAAUGUGGAUCAACUAGUCGGGCUGAAUUCACGGACAACCCCUAUAUAGUUUCAGCUACAUGUAGCCGUUCACAUAGUGUCGCUUCUGCUUUGCAUACGAACAUAAAACGAAGAGUGCAAUCAAGGACUCCGCUAAAUGCCAGCCUGAACCUGCCGAGAUACAGACAAGAGUCCGUAAGUUCAAUCAGAAACGCGCCUUUCAAAUCAGGAUGGGCGCCAGUAAGUCUAAACAAUAUAAAAAGAUUCAUCAAGUUCUCCUCGUGGGCUUGGAUGCGGCUGGAAAAUCUACUUUGCUGUACAGGCAGCAGCGUGGUGUGGUGAUGGAGACCUCACCUACUGUGGGCUUCAAUGUUGCGACUGUAGAGCUGGACAAGAAGACCUCACUGACCGUGUGGGAUGUUGGGGGACAAGGAACUAUGAGGCCCAAUUGGAAAUACUACCUAGAGGGAUGUAAGGUCCUGGUUUUCGUGGUGGACAGCAGUGAUCAUGCCAGGAUGGGAGAAGCCCAGAAAGCCCUGAAGAAGAUUCUGAGUAAUGAGCAUUUGAAAGGAGUUCCCCUGAUGGUGCUGGCUAACAAAAAGGACCUGCCAAACUCUAUGACUAUUAGAGAGGUGUCUACAUUGCUGGAGCUGGAUAGUUACACAGAUCGAGUGUGGGAGAUCCAAGAUUGCAGCGCCCUGAAGGGACUGGGUCUCCAACAAGCCUGUCUCUCUAUAGCUAAGCUAAUGCACAAAGCAUAAGUAAGAUACUAAGCUAACUACAGAAUACAAUAACAAGCAAAAUGAAGUGGAGGAGUCCAGGCACCACCACCCAGAUCCCAUUGAAGAACACCAGGUAGACCCACAGGUACAGCC